UUCACUUCUUCUUCACCGCAGCUAACUGCGUGAGACAUGGAUCUACGUACGGUGAAUGAGCUGCUCGCGGGCAGCGUCGGAGGUGCUGCUCAAGUGCUUGUUGGGCAGCCUCUGGACACAGUAAAGACUCGUGCACAAAUAGCUCCUAAGGGCAUGUUCAAAGGUCCCAUGGAUAUCUUGAGGCAAACUUUGCGCAACGAGGGCUUCCUUGCCUUGUAUAAAGGGAUGGCUAGCCCAUUGAUUGGAAUUGCAGGCGUAAACUCCCUGCUGUUCGCAUCCUAUGGCAUCUCGAAACGCAUCAUAUCACCCUUCCCCCAACUAUCUCUCCCGCAGAUAGCUGCGGCCGGCGCGAUGGCGGGGGCGGCGAACGCUGUUCUCGCGAGCCCAGUGGAAAUGUUCAAGGUGCGGAUGCAAGGCCAAUAUGGUGCUCAAGGAGAUAAACGUCUGCGGGAAGUGGUCAGAGAAGAGUGGUCUAAAUACGGUUUUCGAAACGGCAUCAUGCGCGGAUAUUGGGUUACCAUUGUAAGGGAAAUACCUGCGUACGCGGGAUUCUAUGCAGCUUUUGAGUUCUCGAAGCGGAAAUUUGCUGGCAAAUACGGCAAAGACAUUCCUGUAUGGGCUUUGUUAGCAAGUGGUUCAACUGGCGGGAUAGCCUACUGGCUGUCGUGUUAUCCAUUUGAUGUCGUGAAGUCGCGAGUGCAACAAAGAAGCACCCCACCCUCAGGCAAUCCUGUGCGAUAUAUUUCCCAUGAACUUCGGACGAUCAUCGCGGAGUCUGGCUUUCCCGGCCUGUUUAAGGGUCUCACGCCAUCAUUGUUAAGAAGUAUACCCGCGGCAGCAAGCACUUUCGCUGCCUUCGAGAUCACUCGAGAAUACUUGCUGGGGUUAACUGGUGUAUGAAGAUUAUCAUUCUGUGGAGGAAGUUUGGAUUUACGCUCCAACCUGUCUUAUAUGACAUGAACGUGUUGCUCUCUGAUCGUUUCGGUCAUGUAGAACAGGGUCUCCGGUGUGCUCGCGGAUGUCGAUCCCGUUUGAGGA